GUGAGGAGGGCGGGUCCACUUUCCGGGUGACUCAUGUCGUUACUAUUUGUCUUUUGUUUCUAGGAUGCUUUGGCUGCAAUUUUCUUCCCUUUGUUUUUAAUUUGGGAGGAGAAAAAGCUAAUGAAUCAAGAAUGAAUCUUCUCUCCACUAACCUUUUCUUUUCUUUCUUAAAGUUGGUUCUCUCUUCUCACAAGUUCCAUAACUGUUAAGAUGUGCGGGGGCGGGACAGGUGGGGACGCACUCUUUACACCUAAAUCUGAAGUUGGCGCCUAAGGUAUCACUUUGAUGUGUGAAUCGGGGUGAAUUCCACGAGAUUCACUAGCGGAUUUGUUCCUGUCCAAGGUCCUGCAGCGGAUCCAGCGCAAGGCGCCAACAAAAGAGGCGAGGAGGUGGCAACCCGGGGGCGGCGGCAGGAAGAGGAGCGGGAGUUGAGUGUCCACACCCGCUGUGCGUACUUUCUAGAGGGAAGGGGCGGGGGAAUCGGCCCUGGGAGGAGGACAUCCGGUGGUCAAGGGGUUAGCCAAGUUCUGGUUGCUGAGCCCUCCCACGAGAGGAAAGUUUUCUCUAGACACCUCCGGCCGACCCGCGCUCUCCGGGCCCAGCUCCCGAGCCUUCGGAGCGGGCUCUGUCCCAGCCCAGCUCCGGGGAGACCCGUGCCGUGAUGCCUGGGGGGUGCUCCUGGGGCCCCGCCGCCGGGGACGCUCGGCUGUGGCUGGCGGUGGUCCUCCUGGGCUGGGUCACCUCGUCCUCACUCACCUCCUCGGCGACGUCCUCCACCUCCUCCGCGCAGUUCCUGGCCUCCGCGGUGUCCGCACAGCCCCCGCUGCCAGGCCAGUGCCCCCCGCCAUGCGAGUGCUCCGAGGCGGCGCGCACCGUCAAGUGCGUUAACCGCAACCUGACCGAGGUGCCAGCGGACUUGCCCCCUUAUGUGCGCAACCUCUUCCUCACCGGCGAUCAGCUGGCGGUGCUCCCUGCCGGCGCCUUCGCCCGCAGACCGCCGCUGGACGAGCUGACCGCGCUCAACCUCAGCGGCAGCCGCCUAAAGGAGGUGCACGCUGGCGCCUUCGAGCAACUGCCCAGCUUGCGCCAGCUCGACCUUAGCCACAACCCGCUGGACGACCUCAGCCCCUUCGCUUUCUCGGGCAGAAACGCCAGCGCCUCUGCCCCCAGCCCUCUGGUGGAACUGUUCCUGAACCACAUCCUGCCUCCUGAGUUCGAUCGAGAGAACCGUAGCUUCGAAGGUAUGGUGGCAGCGGCCCUGCGAGCUGGCCAGGCUCUGCGCGGGCUCCACCGCCUGGAGCUGACCAGCAACCACUUGCUCUAUCUGCCCCGCGACGUACUGGCACAAAUGCCGGCCCUUAGGCACCUGGACCUGCGUAACAACUCGUUGGUGAGCCUGACUUAUGUGUCCUUCCGCAACCUGACACACCUAGAAAGCCUCCACCUGGAGGACAACUCCCUCAAGGUCCUUCAUAACGGCACCCUGGCAGAGUUGCAGGGCCUGCCCCAAGUCAGGGUCUUUCUGGACAACAAUCCCUGGGUAUGCGACUGCCACAUGGUGGACAUGGUGGCCUGGCUCAAGGAGACAGAGGUCGUGCAGGGCAAAGCUAGGCUCACCUGUGCAUUCCCUGAAAAAAUGAGGAAUCGGGUCCUCUUGGAACUCAACAGCUCAGACCUGGACUGUGAUCCUAUCCUCCCUCCAUCCCUGCAGACUUCUUAUGUCUUCCUAGGUAUUGUUUUAGCCCUGAUAGGCGCGAUUUUCCUACUGGUUUUGUAUUUGAACCGCAAGGGGAUAAAAAAGUGGAUGCAUAACAUCAGAGAUGCCUGCAGGGAUCACAUGGAAGGGUAUCAUUACAGAUAUGAAAUCAAUGCGGACCCCAGGUUAACAAACCUCAGUUCUAAUUCGGAUGUCUGAGAGACAAUCGAGGACAAAACAAGGACAGCUAUGCAUGAGAUGUAGACUUAAGCUUUAUCUCAUCCUAUGCUUGCUCCAUCUCCACUAUCCACUAUAGACACCACUGACCUUGACUGAAAGCAGUGAAGGGACUUUCCUUCCUUGUCAUGUAAAGUUUUUUGGUGUGUUCUAUUACUGUAAGAUGAUAAACAAUUGCAUAGUCUUUUACCUUCUUCCUUUUCUUGGAACUCCUUAAUACAGGUGGAGGGAUUUUUCAAGUUUCAGCAUGAACAUGGACUCCUGGCUGUCUGUUUCUCUUAGCACACACAGUUCAAGGUGUAGCAAGUGUACCCACACAGACAGCAUUCAACAAAAGCUGCCUCAACUUUUUUGAGAAAAAUACUCUAUUCUUAAGUAUCAGUUUUAUUCUCAUGUACCUAAAUUGUGGAGAAAAUGAUUGCAUUCCAUAAACUGCCUGCAGACCUUAGCAAGCUCUUCAAAGUAACUCCAUAGUACACUGGAGCACCUGCAUCCGAGAGCAUGCUUACAUUUUACUGUUCUGCAUAUUACAAAAAAAUAACUUGCAACUUCAGAUAACUUCUUUGACUAAGUAAAUUACAUUUUUGACUGCAGUUUAUAUGAAACUAUAUGGAAGGUUUUUUUAUAAACUGCAUCGAGAUCCAAAAGGCUAAAUUGUUUUAAAAGAAAUCAAUAAAGAUUCCUAAAAGAAUUACAGUUGUGUUCAAGUUUGAUAUUUGAAAAAAGGAUGAGGGACAAUGAUAUUGAAGGGUCUUGGUUCCAGUGAUAAUUAAGGUAUUAGUUAUAGCUGAGCAUGAAACUGGAACAAUAUCAUAUAAAUAGACUUCAGAGAUAAUUUCGAGAUGGUGGAUCCUUUCAGGAUUUAGAAAUUUUGAAUAUUUAUGUGAAUAGACUUCUUGUGGUCCCAAAGUUAAUGCUAUUCAAGAAACAAUUUUGUGAGAGCAUUACAAAGUUGGUAAGAGGGAAGAAUUCUAUAUGAUAAACAGUUCACAGUUUGGGGCUUUUUCUAGACUAAGUUUUUAGGAUAGAACAAAAUUAUUUACUUAAACUCUCCAUAUGAAAUUGUUCUAUAGGUGUUUAGAGUAUACAACAAAUAUGGUGCAAAUAAAUGUAUGAAAAUUAAGUGUCUUAAAGGUAGAAUAUACUAAAAGAUUUUAAAAUAUAAAGUUUUCCUAAGAUCAUAAUACAAAUUGAAACAGACUUUCUUGAGAAUAUUUUUUUUAAAAAAAUGGAACAUACACAGUGGAUAGUUUAUCAGAGACCCUGCUAAUAUGUUUAAAAAAUUGUAAUGAUGGGGUAGGAGUUUGAGGAAAUAACCGGAGAUAAAUGUAUGUGUUCAUAAACAAGUGUCUCGACUAAUCAUAGUUUCUUAUGUUUAGUUCAGUAUUUAUAAAUAUGAGGAUAUUUUGAUUUAGAUAAGCUAUAUGUUGGUAUAUACACCUUUGUGAGGAAUAAAAUCCCAUUUAGGUUUAAAUAAAAGCAAUCGGUUAAUCAAU